AUGGGCGUAGAAUAUAGCUGGAAGAGUGGGCAGAUUCCGGCAUUUGGUGACUGGGAUAAAGCUAAUGAGCUUCCAAUUACUCAGUAUUUCGAGUGUGCGAGGCAGGCGGGGCUGAUGCGCUGCAGCUGUUCGGCGGAAUGCAUUUCGUAUGGUGGUUCUUCUUGGGACUGCGCCGCCACUGAUCUUUACUCUGCUGAGUAUGAGAAACCUCCGUUUCGGGCUGUUUAUGGUGUUCCUCCACGAAAGAAUAGGGGAAAUACCAAGCGCUAUGCAGAUGUCACUGAAAAGAGAAAGCAAGUUAAGGCACGGGAGGCAAUGGAGCAGCAGAGAAGUCAGACUUUGUCUCAGAAGCAUAUUACCAAGUCUGCAGAAUUUAUCCAUCGACAAUCCAUAAUUACUUCUGCAAAACCAGUGGACGAAGAUCUUUACAAAAUCCCUCCUCAUCUCCUUCGGAAGACCAAGCGCAAGAAAAUGUUGGGAUUCUUUUCCCGGUGCAUUGCUCCCCCUUGUGCAACAUGA